AUGACCUUAACAUACCACGAAUUACACCACGCCGCUCUAAAACUGGGGUCCAACCUUACAACGUUGGGAGCCAGAGAGAGAUCAAAGAUUCUCAUUGUCAUACCAAACGGAGUAGAAUUCUGCAUUCUGUUAUGGGCAUCCAUCUUGAUGCGAUUGACGAUGAUCACAAUGGACAUGACCUUGCUCAAAGCAUCGGACUCUAAUCAUCUAAAGGACACUCUGCGAACACUUCGACCUUCGAUUGUCGUUUUACCAGACCAAAAUGCAGCGGAGACGGUACGCGAAGCGGCCCAAAAGCUGAAGCUGGCGCCGCCAUUGUGCGUUGCCUCCAGUCCCACGAUCUCUCGAGAUUGCAACUCGUUCUCCGAGCUUCUUACUGGGAACCUGAGCCACGGCUUUGAGCAGGAACUCUUCCAGAGACUAGAAAUGGAUGAUCCAAACCGUAUUCAUUCGAUCACCUUUACAUCCGGAACAACAAGCAAGCCCAAAGGCUGCCCGGUGCGAGUAAAGGGCAUGAGCCACAUGUUGCAUUCAUGGUCUUGGCUCAUCAACGAAGACAAUGGUGUGCGAGCAUUACAACAGCUGCAUAACUCUCGUGCAAUUGCACCGGCUCAGGUACUACAGACAUGGAAAGCUGGAGGUACGGUUGUCAUGCCUGGCAGAAACUUCGCCAUUGAGGACACCCUGGACGCAAUCGAAAAUCACGGAGCGACGUUUAUUGUACUGUCACCGACAAUGGUACAUCGUCUGAGUGAGGUAUCAAAGGGUUGCAGUCUUGCCACAAGCUCCGUGCGAAGUAUUCAAAUCGGUGGCGACGCCGUCACAAACGACGUUCUCGACAAGUGUGCCAGAAUCUUUCCAAAGGCAUCAAUCUGUACUCACCAUGGCAUGUCGGAGGGCGGGGCUGCGUUCAAAUGGGCAUUCUUCGAUACUCCACCAACUUUUAUUGAUACUCAUGGGGGCGUCUGCCCAACUGGGACCGUGGCAGCUGGAUCAACAGUUCGAGUCUGGGAUCGAAGAAGGAAUCGGAUUGCGUUGAGAGGCAAGCCAGGAGAGAUGCAUAUCAGCAGUUCCAGCAUCAUCGAGCACUACUUGGGUGGUGCAGACCCGGACAGUUUCCUGGUCGACGCUACUGCCCGUUGGUUCAAUACUGGAGACGUUGCUAUUAUGGACGACCAGGGCAUCGUCACCAUUCUGGGCCGACGUAAAGACGCUAUCGAGCACAGCGACGGCACGUUGAUCAUGCCUUCGUCGAUAGAAAACUGUCUGCAGGAGUACCUCGGGACACAGGUCUGUGUUGUGGCAAUACCUCAUACGGUCCAUGGAAAUAGGCCAGUCGCAAUUGUAGCGAAUAUGGGCACGCACUCACCAAGUGCAGCAAUUGACCACGUGCAGCAGGUUCUUGGCCCGGUGUACACUCCAGAUCAUCUGCUCUGUCUUCACGACCUUGAGUUAAUGAAGUUCCCGCUGAACGCCACCGGAAAGGUAGUCAGAACCACAAUACAAGAAGCUGUGCUGUCAUCUGCCUACACUCAGGUAGGCUCAAUGAGUCGUUGA